AGCGUUGGAAGCCAACCAGAUGGCAUCUUCUACUUCUGUGCCUGUAGGUUUUCACUAUGAGACAAAAUAUGUUGUCCUCAGCUAUUUGGGUCUCUUGUCCCAGGAAAAGCCUCAGGAACAGCAUUCUCUGCCAACUCAAGAUCCAUCUGCAGGCUCCCAUGCUUUAGAUAAGGAAGUUCUGGAGAAAGUUAAAGCAGAAAUUGAAGAAGAAUUGAAACAUCUUGAUGAAGAAAUUUUGGAAGCCUUUACCAGCACGGGAUUUGACUGCCACACGUCUCCAGUAUUCAGUCCUGCUGACCCGGAGACUUCAAUAGAAGACUGUUUAGCUCAUCUUGGAGAGAAAGUAUCCCAAGAACUAAGGGAACCUCUUCAAAAGGCGUUCGAGACCCUACUUAGCAAGCCAGUGACUUAUCAGGAGUACAGAGAAAGGACGCAGGAGGCAGCAGCUCACGCCACUGGGUGGAGCAAGGUUUUAGUGCCUUUGGUCAUACUUCAGCAGUUCUUAAUGGAGCUCACGAGGCGGGGCCAGGAGCCACUUGGCGCGUUGCUGCAGUUUGGUGUCACCUACCUAGAAGACUAUGUCUCUGACUACGUCAUCCAACAAGGUGGAUGGGGCACUGUCUUUAGUUUGGAUUCUGAAGAGGAGGAGUACCACGGGAUCAUUGCCGAGGACAGCAAUGACAUCUACAUCCUAACUAGUGACAACUCGGGCCAGGUGAGCCCCCCUGAGUCACCCACAGUGACAACGUCUUGGCAUUCGGAGAGCUUGCCCGUCUCCUUGUCAGCUAGCCAGAGCUGGCACACGGAGAGCUUGCCUGUGUCUUUGGGGCCUGAGUCUUGGCAACAAGUGGCCAUGGAAACGGAAGAGGUGAAGAGUUUGGACAGCAACGGAGGCGGGGAGGAGAGAAGCGAAAACAACUCCUCCAACUCUGACAUUGUGCACGUGGAGAAGGAGGAGAUCUCAGAGGGGGUCGAGGAAACGUUGCCGUCAGAAGGGGCUCUGCAGACUGAAACGGCUAAGCAGGGUUCCACAGACGCUCCAACCGCCUUGCUGGUGGAGGUGGAGCCUGAAAUCAUGCCCAUUAAAGAACCGAGCCUCUCUGCAACGUUGCCUACAGAACAGCAGGAAGAGGGGAAGGCAGUAGCGGAGCUGGAACCCGAAACUCCAUCAUUGAGUAAGCCUGACAAGACGCCAUCUCCCGUAGAGGACACGGCAGCCUCCAAACCUGAGAGAAUACUGGCUCCGGAAGAGGAGCUGGAGGCAAGGAAGGAGGGCUACUCCGAAGAAAAGGAAGAGAAGUCCCCGGCUGGAGAAGAAAAGCCCAUCCUCUUGCCAGAAGGCAAAUCGAUUCUGCUAUACGGUGGGGCCGCGGCGGUGGCCAUCCUGGCGGUGGCGGUGGGUGUAGCCCUGGCACUGAGGAAGAAGUAA